GAGGAAGAGUUUGUACGCCUUAUGUAUGUGUGAAAAUUUCGCGCCGAUAUCUUUUCAUUUACAAUAGGGAGCUGUGAAAAACUCUUGCACAUUAAAACUUUUAUAUCUUCACGGGAAAUUAGUAUAAAUUUGUAGUUUUAAUGCUCUAAAUAAAAUAAAUUGAGUGUAUAUAUAAAGGACAAUAAAAAAGUGGAGUGUGUAUUGGGGCAUCUUUUGCUAGCACAAGCUUAGCGUCGAAAACGACGAGACAGUGAAGCAGCAGAAAAUUAAAUUGUGAUCUCAACACGCCGUGCUCAUACUACAGAGACAGUGAUUAUUCAGUAAAUAUUUUAAUAAACAUAAUGGCUCCGGCGAAAAAACGCGAAAAGGAUAAUGCAUUAGCAGCGCCGGCAGCUGCUAUAAGUAAUGUUCCAAACGGAAGUGUUAACUCUGUUAAUGGUGGUGGGGUAUCUUCGGCAACAGCUGCUGCUGCAUCUGCAGUCACUGCAAGUACUGCAACUAUAAACGUUGAUAAUGUGAAACUCAAUGGACAUCAGCAAGAGCAGGAACUUUUUCUACAAGCUUUUGAGAAACCUACCCAGAUAUAUAGGUUUUUACGCAAUCGUCAUGGCACCAGUCCUAUAUUUUUGAAUCGAACACUUAGUUAUAUGAAGGAUCGCAUGUCGCGUAACAAUAAAAAACGCACAACAUUUAAAGUUAAUUCAAUAUUACAGCAAAUAACACAAAAAGCAGAGAUAGACUCAAAUAAAUAUUUGAAUAUUAUUUACAAUGGGUUAUUUGAUAAAAGUAGUUGCAGUGAUCAAUGGUGGAAUGCUGGAGAGUCGGUUAGUGUUGAAGCUACUCUUUACAAGAUAACAAAGAAUAAACGAAAAGAUAGCACCUCAGACUUCCAGGAAAUGAUGAGUUAUAGUUCAGCUGUUGAAUACAAUCCAGAUCAUGAUAUUAGUCGCUUCUCAACUAUCAGUAUUCCGGUACAGUCAAUGCGUCCUCUUGGCGAUCAACACACAAUAUAUAAACUAUUGUUUCGUAUUAAAGUCUUACCAAAAUGUGAUAACAAUACAAUUGAUGAAAACACUGAGAAUUGCGAGACACCUUGCAAACGCGGAAAAAUUAGUACGAAAAUCUAUGGAUGUGAAUUGAUAGUAUUUGAGAAGAAUAUAUGCUUUAUACCUGAAGGUGAUUACGAAGCGGCGAUGCAGGAGCUCAAUUCGAUGAGCAUAAAAUCUUUUUCUCCAAAGAAACGCACGUGGGAAACAUUGCCAGACAAUUACAUUCCACUCUCGUUGAAAUUCGACGUUUUCAAUCAAUUUCCAACUCUUAAGUUUCGUUUAACCUGGUCGGCCAAUGAAGUGCCUAGUAGUAUUGAUGCAAAGGAUCUUAACCUUUAUGGUGACUUGGCUUGCAUAAAAAAUGAGGCAAAUGAUAAAAUACAAAGCAAUACAAAUGAGGUCGAGAUGCCGUUCAAUAGCAAUGUCAAUCAAACUACAAAUAUAGGCACGCAUGUAAAUCAUAAUAAUAAUUGUGUUAAAACCAACGGUGCUAAAAGUGGUAUUGUGGCAGUAUCAGCAAAAGUAGAAAAAAUACAAAUAGUUUAUAAUUUUUUAUAUAGUAACAAUACACGACAACAAACGGAGUACACACAGGAGGUAAUAUGUCCAUGGUGUGGUUUGGAUUGCUUGCGUUUGUAUGCGCUGCUUAAACAUUUGAAAUUGUGUCAUGCUCGCUUCAAUUUCACAUAUCAGCCCGCAGGGAAUGGCGCACGUAUUGACGUGACCAUAAACGAUUCUUAUGAUGGUUCGUAUGCGGGAUCACCGUACGAUUUGGCUGGUCCGUCAGGUUGUUCCUUUGCGCGAACAUGUGGUCCAGUGCGUCGUACAACUGUGACAAAUUUACUAGUCUGCCGCCCGCGUAGACAGAAAACCUGCUUAGACGAGUUUCUAGUGUUGGAUGAGGACGAUUUAAGCAAUCAGCGUCCUUACAUUACAGGCCAUAAUAGACUAUACCACCACACGGAGACCUGUUUACCUGUACAUCCCAAGGAACUUGAUAUCGAUUCAGAAGGUGAAAGUGACCCACUAUGGUUACGGCAGAAAACGAUACAAAUGAUUGAUGAAUUCUCCGAUGUAAAUGAGGGCGAAAAAGAAUUGAUGAAGCUUUGGAAUUUACAUGUAAUGAAGCAUGGUUAUGUUGGCGACUGUCAAUUGCCACUAGCUUGCGAAAUGUUCUUAGACUCGAAUGGCUAUGAGAUUAUACGUAAAAAUCUCUAUCGCAAUUUCAUUUUACAUAUGUGUUCACUAUUCGAUUAUGGGCUAGUUUCACCAGAGACUGUCUACAAAACUGUACAGAAGCUACAGGGUAUGUUAAGUAAAUAUCCCGAGGGACAAGAACUGAUGUCCAAACAGCGUGAAGCUCAAUUGAAAUAUUGGCUUGAUGUGGGCAUACAUAAACAAGAUGAACAGAAGCUUAAAUCACCACAAAAGCAAACACCAAAGCCCACGAAUAUAUCUGAAGUGUUAGGAACAGCUGACAAUGAUGUCUGUGGUACAAGCAGUGUCAGUAAAAAUACGGAAAACAAACCAAUGCAACCACCAACAAAGCGUUCAGCUACAGCUGUUAAACGUGCUAGUCUUCAUCUACAAAGCGGUAACGGCAACAGCACUUCUGAUAAAUUGAUAAAUGGUUGCGGUAGUAAAGGAGUUGCCAAAAAGACUGCAUCUCAAGUUGUUGACGAUCAAGAGCCUCCCGCCAAUACCAGCGCAAGUAAUGCUAAAACGCCCAGCGAUAAACGUGAGCGUCGUGGUGAGGCUUGCAGUAAUAGUAGACGAAGUAGCACAGCGUCAGCGGCUGUAACGUUAACCACAAAUGACCGCGAUGAGAAUAAUGAGCGCAAAGAUGCGCAAAACCUUGAGCGCCCACAUCGUGGUGGAGGCGUAUCAACAAAUAGUACCACAACUGCCGAAUCGCGUGCACAAACAAGUAAAAGACGACUGUCUGUAAAAGAUGCAUCACAACCCGCCUGCAAACGCAGCCGCAAUUCUGAAGGCCACAACAGUGGAAGUGGCAGUGGGACAGGCGGUACAACCACCCGCACAACUGUUCAGCGCCAAUCGGCGGAAGGUGUCCCUAUUACCAACAGCAGCAGCGGUAAGCAAACCAACGCCAUCUGCACUACGACAGCCAAUAGUUUGACAACAACACUGCCAAAACGUUUGGUCACUAGACGUCAAUCCAUAGCUGGAACUACGCAUACCAAUCAUAAUAACAACAAUAAUGCCACCGAACCAACAUCGUCAAAGUCCUCUGCCAAAAAUACAAAUAUCAUUUCUACAACAUCUGCUAAUGUCACCCACCAUUCAUUGCGUACACGCCUCUCGGUGCCGUUAACGAAAGUGGAUAAACGCUAAACAACGAAGAAGAAAGUGAAAUUCAAAGGAAUGAGUGAGUUUUUUUUUUCUUAAAUGGAAAAAUAACGGCAACGUCAGCGACGUUACACAGGUUAUUUAAAAUAUUAUUCGUUACAUUUAUGUUAAGUUUUUAUAAUUUUUAAAUCUUGCUUUUUAUCUUUUUUGUUUUAUCAGAGCAUACUUAAACAAAUUUUUAAUAUUAGUAGCUGUGUAUACCAUAUAUUUACUUAUUUGACUGUCUAUAACUACAUAUGAUCAUUUACAACAUAUUAAAAAAACUGACUUUUUACACUUUUCAAAUUACCUUUACAAAAAAAAUGUUUUGUUUAUUUUUACAAUAAUUCCUAUUUUAAUAAUUUUACGACAUUCUAACAUACAUGCAUACAUACAUAUUUAUAUCCUAUUUUGCAUCCAUUAACUUGUAAUUCACAGUCUUAUGUUCUCAACGAACCGCACUUAAUACAACUAUAGCAUUGGUUGCUAUACGAAUAAUAGUAGAUAAUUACAGCCAGUACAACAGUGCAACAGAUCUGGCAUAAUUGCCGAUACCCGACUGACGAACAGACAAAACUUUAGUGUUCCCGAUUAUUUGUAUCUGUUAAGCGUUCAAAUUCACGCAUUCUUGAACGCACCCAUAGCACAAGAAUGAUAGAAUACACGAUUACGACAAUGAUUUGACCUUACUUUUUUGGUUUAUACUGUGACAAUUGUUACAAACACAAAUUGUACUAAACUGCCAUGUUGUGACGGAAUUCUUGUGAGUUGAGAAUGAUAAGCAUAGAACAGCAUGUAAAUUGUAAACAAAAACGUAAAUAUGUUUUUGUGCUAAUCCGUGAAAUAGGCAUAAUUUAUACUUAAGUUUUAGUGAAAUGAAUGAAACAAUGUUGCGGGAAAAUAUUCUGGUAAUUUUUUAAUAAAUAAAUAAAUAAUCAAUAAAUACUUUUAUCUAUUGAAACUAUAAGUGAAUGGUUAAAACGAAUUGUGCUUGUAAAGGUUGUAUUUAUUAAAAUGUAUAAAUAUAAAGUAUAUUAAUUUUGAAAAAUUGAAUGUGCAGUGCCGAGUUGCAAUAACUAUUAUUUCACGACUUAACAACAGUGUUUAUGUUUUUGUUUACAACUCAACUCGCAAGAAAUACGUCACAACAUUUGGCGUAAUCUUGUAUUUUAGCAUUCUUACCCUUAUUGUUAAUAUAUGUAUACAGUGUCUACCAAUAGAGAUGACGUGAUUUUGACCAUAUUUGUUUACGGAUAUGUGUCAAAUCUUGUCAGUUUGUACAGUAAGGCUCAGUGGCGUAGCUACAACUUCGGGCGCCUGGGGCCAAGGAUGUUCUGCCGUCCCCUUUUAUCUACCUACCUACAAGUUUCAUGAGGUGAUUCGAACAAAAUUGAAUUUUUACAAAAUAUCUUCGAUAUUAAGUAUAUAAAAUUUAUGAACUAGAAGCCAAGCAAAUUAUUAGUUAUUCAGAUUAUUACAUUGUGAGUGUACAACUCUUCAUCUUUUAUAAUAAAUUUUGUAAAAAAAAUUCGUUGAAGUAUUUUUCUGUAUAUUAAAAAACAGCGAAGAUCGUUUUGCCGCGCCCAAGACGUUGCGCCCGGGGCGACGACCCCCUAUCGACCCCUCUAGCUACGCCAUUGGUAAGGCUAUUCCAUUAUGACACGUUUCACUUUGGCAAAACGCUUGGAAAUUGUCUGAGAUUAUUACGCAAAUUUACGUUCUCCGAAAAAUUCACAAAUUCACGUUCGAUGAGGCCCAUUUUGGGCCUAAUGGCUUUCACGUCUAAACAUGGACACAUUGCGUGCAAAGUUUGGCGACUUGUUAAUUUCGAAAAAUUGCCCAGCCAAAUGGCCACCGAGAUCAUGCCUCUAUAUUAUUUUCUCUGAGGGUAUAUUAAAUCAACGGUUUACGUCAAUCAAACAUAAACGCUCGAAGACAACAUUCAACGCACUAUAGACGAAUUGCUGCAUCGGGCCAUCGAAAAUGUAUGUAAACGGGUGGAGAUAUGCAAAGGAGAAGUAGUGACCAUUUGGCCGAAAUUUAAUCAAAUCAUAAAUGAUAUAAAAUUAUCUGCAUAACAAACAGAACCAAUUUUGAGUUUUUAUUUCAUUUUAAUAUCACCUCAUUCUUGUUGGUAGAUUUACAUGUUUAAAUACAUGUUAUACAUAUAUAUAACAGUAGAGAAAUAUAACAAAAUUAUAUAGCGGGUAGGUACACAAAGCCGAGAGUUGGGAACUGUAUAUUUUUAAAUACGAUAUUCGACUGUACUAGAUAUUCGUAGAGUAAUGCAUGGAUAAUUGCAAGUCGAUGAUAAAAAAAAAUAUGAGCAUAUAAUUCAAACGUGACUACAAAUUAAACUUAUAUACACACAUACUUGUAAAAGUGAA